AUGCUUGCGGUCUCGACGCCUUCGAUCGAUAGCAAUCAACGUCGCCACCGAGGCGUUCCGUUCGCUAGUCAUCGACCCACUUCGUGCUCACGUCGUGCGGUAGCAACGACUGCGGCUGCGUCGUCGGCCAACGACCGGAAGCAUCGUACGCAUUACGACGACCACCAGGUCGAGUCAGACGUGACGGUCGAGAACCGUAUGUCGCACAAAGUCCCACGUAGAGCGCUCAUAUCGUGGCGUGAUGUGCUCGUUUUCCGUCUGGUUACGUCUCGUUCGCUAGAUGACGACUCGGAGAGUGACGACGACUCGUGGGACGAGAGCGAGGACGAGAGACUGAACGAGGACGAGGAGGACUGUAGUGAAGUAGGAGACUGUUUGUGGAACAAACGACGUGAGGAAGACAAAGAAAACGACGAGGAGGAGGGAGGAGCGUUUCGGAGACGAUUUGGCUGCGCGAUUGACACGCUGACGCAUCCUGAGAUCCAAAACAGUGCGGGACGAGGAGAGGCUUGGUGGAGGACGGCCAAGUUUGUGCUGGCCAGUCUGGUGCUUGUGUGUGUUCUCGUGCAAGUAGCACUUGUGGUGUCUGCCUCGUCGUCGAUGUUGUCGAUGACGACGGGGCGAGAGUUGGCAGUCGAGAACGAUGCUGCUCUGGGGGAUGCGUGGAGUGGCAGUAGUGAGGGCAAGGGUGGUGGUUCUACUAGCACGAAGAGCGAUGGACAAAGUGGCGCAGACUUAUGGCCGUCCGAUCCGUUUCUGGUUCCCGAGUACGUGCACACUGGACUCCGUCUAUGCGCAAAGCUCUCUCGACGCGUGGUCGAGUCCGAACACGACACUGUGGCCACACAACAUGCUUUGCGUGCAUGCAAUAUCGCUGCGAAUUUUGCACCAGAGAGUUCACGCGAAUCGAUUGAGGCGCACGUACUUCGCGGGGACCUGCAGAGUCUGCUUUUACGUUACGACCGCGCUGAGGAGGACUACAAGAGUGCAGCAACGGCGGUCCGAAGCAUUGCCAGGGGCACUACAAACACAUUGCCACUGAUGGAAGACCUGGACAUCAAAAUACUUGCUAAUCGCUGGACGCAGCUGUUCAUGACAAAGAGGUAUGAGGAGUUGAGACGCGAGGCCAAAGCCCGGGUGACCCGAAACAGUUUUGUCAGCGCAGCGAGUAAUCUUGAGCAUGCUGCGAGCGAGCUGGCAGCAGAUUGGCUUCGUGCGUUCCGACAGAAGAAACCGAUACUGGAAGUACUGACACUGCAGCGUGGCUGGACGCUGCGUGGUCUGGAGUACGAAGCCUUUGACGGUGCUCUGACAAGUGUAUGA